AUGACUACCAGCAUCCAGGGGUCCAAUAGCCACGAGGCGUUCGCGCUCAUGGCGACGCUUUUGGCCCCGCGCGUGUCCAUGCGGUACCUGAACCUAUGCAAGAAGCUGCUGCAGCGUCGACAGAUGGAGGAGGUCUUCGAAGAGCGCGCGGCUGCCCAGCGCUGCGCGUUCCCAGGCUGCGCGCAGCUGCUGUCAACCACGAGCGGCAAGUUUCGGGUCUCGUUGGCUCGCCACGAGAUUUAUGAUGCUCGUUAUGAGCGGCAAUUCUGCUCACUCGCGUGUCUCAAGAAAGCUCGAGUGCUGCUGUCGAAGUUGAGUCACAAGCCGCCGCAGCUGGUGCCAUCGUUGCUGGAAGUAUUCGGCACGGACAAGCCCAAUCCACUUGACUAUGAAGACGAAGACGGCGAUAAUAAUAGCAAAGCAAUGGUUGGUGAUGAUGUCGAGGAAGUGGGAGUAGAGAAACUCGAGCCAAUGCCGAAGGUUCGAUUAGCUUGGGCCAAGACACAAGACCUCGGUGUUGUGGAACGGAAGCACUCGAUCGGACGGUCGAUGCCGGUUAUCAGUGGUGGUGAUGGUGCUUUAUCAGCAUUGGAAAAAAGUAGAGGUUUGGCGACACUGAAGGAAAAUGCAGCACCGCUAUCGCUGGAUCGAAACUUUCCAACGAGAGAGCAGGCUACGCUGAUUGAAGGCUAUGUGUUUCCAGCACACAAGCAGGAAUUGGCGAAAAAGGUGGAAAAGAUUGUCAAGAAGAGUCAAGAAAAGGGUGAAGAUGAUGGCGAUGAUGGGGACAAUGAUAUCGUGGUUAGCGACAGCGAUGAGAGCGAUUUGGCCGCCAGAGAUGUGUCUUCUGCUGGCAGCUUUGAGAUUUCUGAUUUUGAUGACAACGAAGUGGUGACUCUGAACGAUUUGCCAUUGUUUAGCCAUCUCUGGGGACUGCUGUCUAGUUGGGUGACCCACGAAACGACACUCUUAGUUGCAGGCGUGCCUGUACUUACCAAGAAAUGGGACAUUGACGAUACAGAGUUUUUACCUGAAGGAUUGGACAAGGCUGAGGUUGAUGCUGCACGCCGCCGAGCACGUCAAAUUCGUUCGGAGAGGUGGAAUUCGCUUUCACUUAUGCUACGCCGUCCGAUGCCCCAAGUUGCAGUCAAGCUGAAACUUGAUAGCGAUCGUUUUGCCAACCACCGCAUCGACAGAAUUACGGAGACGUUUGCUCUUCGUGACGCCAUUGACACUCGGAAUGCACAUCAGUGGACUUGCAUUGCGACAAUUUUGAUACUUGUAGUUUACAACGUCAAACCCAAGGAGCUAUUGCAUGGAGAGCGCAGCGAGCAAGUUAAGUCUCUGACCAAGCUUGACGCGUCAGAAGUUCACCAGCUGCUGCAAUUGUUUUACGACUUGCGUGACGACAGCGAUGUUGCAGUCGAUACGGAUGUAGCUCCUGUACCCGAGGUCGAGGCAAUCGUUGAGAUUGUAGCAAAGGAGGAAAGAGCUGAAGAUCAGCCAUUUUGCCGGAAGUGCCGUCGUGCAAAACGCAAAUGCGUGUGCGGUAUUCGCGCUGAAGCCCCGACCGAAGAAUCGACUGUUUCAUUGGAAGAGAUGCUACAGGAGGCUCUAGUGUUACGUGACGAGUUGUUCUCCCCUGACGAUGACCUAGGGAGUUAG